GGUGUCAGGGCAGGGUUGUACUGAGGGUGGAUGUGAUGUGGGACAAAGGCAGCGCUGUUCCUGCACGCGAGUUGUCAGAUCUGUUCCGACUGUGGUGACCCUUGCCUGGAUUCGAGCAGCACAAGAGGGAUUUUAUAGAUUAUUUGGCUUCCAUCCUCUCAGAUGCAUCCCUAGAUAGACACGCAGGUGCUGCACUGGUGGGAAGUAGAAGCUUGGUUCAUCACUGUGGAAUUCCUGGUAUGAGAAUGCAGAGCGUCAGGAUAGAGAGAGGAUCCUUGCUGGACUGCUGCAAUCAUGAAGACAGUGAUUUUAAUUGUCCUAAUGAUCUUCACUUUGCUGUCUUCAGGGAAGAAAUUCCGAUGGUGCACCCUUUCUGACCUAGAACAGAGGAAGUGUGCUGAACUGUCUAAAGCGCUUAUGGCUGUGCUGCCCCUUGCUACUGCCAAUUCAUUUACUAGGAUUUCUUGCAUCCGAGCCCACAACACGUAUGACUGCAUUGACAAAAUCAGGGUGAAUAAAGCAGAUGCUGCCUCCUUGGAUGCUGGAGAUGUUUACUCUGCUGUGAAGCUAUAUGGUUUGACAGUGGUGGCAAAGGAGAUCUAUGAUCAAGGAAACUGUGUGUUUUCUGUGGCCAUUGCUAAGCGAGGAACUCUGGAUAUCCAGCGGCUACGAGGUGCACGCAGCUGCCACAAUGGAGCCAGAUGGACAUCAGGCUGGAAUAUUCCACUUGGCUUUCUCCUUGCAAGAAAUGAUCUUUCCUGGGAUGAGGCACAACCUCUGAGCCAAGUAAUCAGCGAAUAUUUCAAUGCAAGUUGCAUCCCUGGGGUUGGUGUUGCUGCUCCUCGAUUGUGCGCUCUCUGUGAAGGACAAAAAUCGUAUGUCAGAGACAAGAACCACUUCUGUGAGACAAGCAGUAACGAACCUUUCUAUGACUCUGAGGGAGCAUUCAGGUGCUUGAAGAAUGGAGUGGCAGAUGUUGCCUUUUUGGAUCAUUUAACAAUUAUAAGUGCCACAGAGUCAGAACUGCAGGAAUAUGAACUUUUAUGUCCUGAUGGGUCCACAGCUGAGCUGACUGAAUACAGCGCUUGUAACUUGGGCAAAGGGCCUGGCCGUGGCAUUGUCACUCGCCACAACUUCCAGAAGAUCACCACCAAAUUUCUUACCAUGAUCCAGCGCCUCUUUGGGCGAAAAGGAAAGGAAAGAGCCAGGUUUGAACUCUUCAGUUCAGCACUCUUCGGGGGAAAGAACUUGCUAUUUCGGGAUGCCACUCAGUACCUGCAGCUUCUGGAAGAGCAGCUAGAGCUUGCCUAUGUCCUUGGUCUGGAUUAUGUAGCUCUCCUAAAGGGACUCGGCCAUGAAGGGAGCUCUUUGGACAACAGUGUUGUGCGCUGGUGUUGCAUCAGUGACGCGGAGCUUCACAAAUGUGAGGAGUGGGCACUGAGCAUCAAAUCUGACCCAUUAGUCUGUGUCCAAGCAACUUCCAUGACCAACUGCAUUGAAAUGAUUAAGAGUAGUGAGGCUGAUGCAGUCACACUGGACGCGACACAUGUCUACAUUGCAGGGAAGUGUGGACUGGUGCCUGUAGCUGCAGAAUGUUACGGGGGAGAUUGUGCUUCAGCUGCUAAGAGCAUGGAGGAAACAAGGAAGCUGAUUAAUCUUAAGCGCAAAGCACUGCCACCAGUUUAUGCUGUUGCACUAGCUAAGAAAAAUGCCAAACAGAUUAACAUCCAUAAUCUUAGGGGAAGGAGAUCCUGCCACAGUCACCUUUAUAGUCCUGGUGGAUGGCUACUUCUUUCCAGAUACACAGCAGGAGCUGUGGGGAAUGAUACUGAGAACUGUGACGUUGGCUCUGUUUACCAGAAUUACUUUUGGAAGGGCUGCAUGCCAGGAGCAGAUGGAAACCUAUGCAAGGUGUGCAUUGGAGACAGUGAGGUGGAAGGGGCUCGAAUAUCCAGCAGGUGUGCUGCGAGUCACAACGAACGUUACUACGGCAAUAUGGGAGCUCUCAGGUGCCUAGUUGGCAAUCCCAGUGGAAGAAGCUUCGGAGAUGUAGCUUUCCUGGAACACUCUAACCUACUCCAGAACAUAGAGAAUCUGGACAGCUCUGGUUGGGCAAAAGGUUAUAGCGCUCCUGACUUUGAACUCCUGUGUCCAGAUGGAACGCGUGCUGCGGUGACAGAAUGGGCAGGCUGUAACCUUGGCCCCGUUCCCCCCAGCACAGUCAUGACUCGGCCAGUUGCUGUCACGAAAAUCUAUGACUUCCUCAUGAAAUCCCAGGAAUCUCUGGGAGGCAGACAGGAUUCGGAAUUCCAACUCUUUCAGUCAUGGAAGUAUGGGGAAAGUGACCUGCUUUUCAAAGAUGCUACUCAGUACCUUGUUCAUGCAAGUCACAUGAGCUAUCAGGAAAUUCUUGGAGUGUCUUUCUUUCAGCUGGCAGAAUCGGUGUUUAAUUGUACGCCUGCAGGCAUCUUAGACUUCUGCAAACAAGACAUUUGUGCAUCCUCAUUGGCCUGACAGCUAAUGCAGAGGCUCUGCAAGGCACAACCACCGCCAUCAAUGUUGGAAACAAGGACAUCUGCAAAUCCAACCUCUCCAAAUCGAUCAGUAAGGGAAGAGUUGUCUCUAGAAACGUGUGCUGAGCAGUUUUGUGUCCUUCUGUGUAUAAAGCAGAUUUUGUUUAUGAUAAUGUAGUACCACUCAUAUGCCAGCCCUUUCUUGGUUGGAGCAUCCAUGGCAUCGUUUAGAACAGCACAGACGAGUCUAUGUAACCUGCAGCACAGAACUAGGAUCAGUGAUUCUAUAUGACUUGCAUAUAGAGUUGCUAUCAGAAUCAGUAGGUUUUUUUGCUUUUAACUAGGAAGAAUGUAUUUGCUUUCUUAAACCAAGCAUUUAUACUAAUAAAUCAAAACGUUUUUCUCACAUAUUAAUGCAUUAAGCCAUUAGCCAGCAGAGCUGGAUGCUUGCAGCCUUAAGGUGAACUAUAGCAAUGAAUAGUCAUCAAAAAUGCCAAUCAUUAUUUUAUAGUACUUUGUACCUUUCAAUCUAUAAUUCUAUAAAGGGUCAAAAUAUGGUUUAUCGUUUAAACAGCAUUGGUUUUACAAGCAGAAAUUGCCUGAACACGACCAGGAGCCUUUUGAACAGAACAUAUCAGGUAGCCAAGUUGGCUGCUAGGGGAUGAAGAUUCAAAGGGGAUGGCUGUUCCUGGGCAAGGCUCACUCCAGUUUGCAAAUGUGAAUCAUGCUUUGCUCCUAUGGCCUGUGAAAAAGGAAAAGGUGAGACUGCUAACUAAAAAAGUCCCAAACAUCCUUCACCCUUGUUUGCUGCAUGUAUUCCAGUUGUACUGACUUCUGCUGGCAUAUAAAUCAGAGGCAAAUAGUGAAGACAGGCCAGCUACAACAGCGAUAAUGUCAACGUAUCUGCUAUGUAAAGGAAAGAAAAAAACCCAAAACCAACAAAGCGAGACAGCAGUAAAGUAAGCUGUUGUGAAAUACUCUGCUGAGAGUAUCUGGGUUUAAACAGUUCAUUCCAUGCCUAGCUUGUCUUUCCUGUUGUUUCACUUCCAGUCACCCUUCUCCUCCCCUUCUCACUUCCUGAGAAAGAACAAAUCUGUGCCCUGACCAGCAGCAGGGGUUUCAGAUUCAGUGGGUCCUGUCCCAGACUGUCAUCCGCCUCAUUUACCCAUUGUUUGGUAAUCAAACAACAGAGAGGAUGCAAAUCCAAACCCAUCUGCUUCUUGGAAAAAAAAGAGGAGAGGUAAAUGGUAAGCGGAGCAAGUUCCAGUGUGGCAACAGAGCAAACUCCUCACAUGCUGUGUUGCAGCCAGGUGGAGAAGCAUGGGAACAGCAGAAUGCUUGUUCAGGUCUCAGAGCACUCCGCUUUUCUUUCUUCACUGGAGCUCUCCUGCCAUCUAUGGGACUCACCCAAUGCUGUCAUGCCAUCUGCAGGACUCACCUAAUACUGCGCUUCAGAGAAUGCAGUUACCACAAGAGUGAGGAAACGCAGCUCCAGCUUAGUUCUGCCAAAAGCAGCAUGCAGCUGAAUAGCAAGGCACUGAAAAUCUGGGUGAUGCACAAGAUUUUUUGGGGUAGUUAUUUUCUGGCAUAAUCAUUACAGAUGCUUAAUAGGGCUUUUUCAUGGUCUAUGUUUUGGCUUUGGCUUAAAUACAUCAGCCUGAUGCCUUGGAGACACACGGAUCCCUGGCCUUGAGCCUGCUUUGAGACUCUCAGUACUGAGCCAAGGAGAGCUGCCCAUGCUGUCUGGCUCCUGCUUCGCCAUUGCCUUAAGAUGGAUACCGUCUCACUGCUCUGUAUAGGGUCUAGGAUCAUGCUUAAAAUGCUCCUGGUCUGUUUCUGUUCAAGUACAGUACAGUAUGGAUGAAUGAACACUAGAACUGCUGCUCCACACCUCACCAAAAGCCCACUCUGUUAUGUAACGGCGUUUAUGACUUUGGAGAUUUGACUUCUUCCACCUCUAUAUGCAUGUAUUUAUUGACACAACCCUAAAGGAGGCCCUGAAAAAAAGCUGAAAGGUUGUCAGAAAAAUUUAUUUCCAUAAAUUAAAAACACACACAAAAGAAACAGUAAAAUUUUAGAUUCACACAAUAUUGAACAGAAACCAAACGCCAAUAGCGCGAUGGAGGCUAAUGGCACAAGUGUACAAAUCUUCAUUGAGCCGUGUUAGCUUGAUAGCAUCACACACUUAAUCCACAGUUACUAUCCACAGCCUGGAAGAGCACCUGGAACAUAAUACACCAAAGGCCCACCUCAGAUCAAACACAGCG